AUGCAACGGCGGGCCCGUGGCCGUUCCUCCUACUCGUCCUCGUCGUCGUCGAACGAGACGGUUCUCGAAGCGUGCUCCUCCCCGCCGUCAGGGUACGCUCUAGCUCUGGCAGAUGGCGUGCAGGGCACGUUGCCAUCGCAGACGUCGAUCGCGGCGCUGUCGCGACGCCUUGCUUCCAACCCACCGAAGGCCGCCGGCAGGACAGGUUACAGUCAUAAUGUUGCGAAAGAAAGGACCGUCCCUGGAGAGAAGAAGGCACAAGAUAUCGAGGGGAACGAUGCACACGGACACGAUGACUCGGAAGAGUCGAUUGAUUGGGACGCGGACUCGGAUGAAGACACCGUUCACAACGCACCUCAGCCUCGUCGAGUCGUGAGACGUGCCAGGUUACCACAGACCAUGGGCUUCCACAUGGACUGGUGGAUCGCGCGUGUAGCCACGGCGGCGGUCAAUGUGAGUAUCCUCACCCUCUCUCUUCACCUCCUGUCUCAAAAGGGCUUUCGCAAUUCUUAUGAGUUUGGCCUCCACUCCAUUUCGCUCGCGAGAAAAAUCCGAAAUGCUAACCUCGGUCGGUGA